CCCGCGAUCUCUCACUCGCCUGGACACUCAGGCGACCGAGAGAGACGCAGAGAGAGAACGCUUCACGAAUUUGCGUGUCAUCCAGAGAGAGAGAGAGAGAGACACGGAGAGACAGAGAGACAUACAGACAGAGAGAGACAGAGAGAGACAGAGAGAUACAGAGAGAGACAGACAGUGACACAGAGAGAGAGGCCCGGAGAGAAACACAGAGAGUCAUUGGUAGAAGGAGGAAAUCGCACGCGCGAACGACGCGGCGAGCAGAUUGGACGACGCGAGUGCGUAGUUUAAUAAUUAAUUUAUUCCGCAUCACGGAGAGAGGCGAGGGAGUGGCGCACACGGAGGAGGAGGCGGCCAUCCCGACAUCAGCGUCGUACAGAGAGACACAGAGACACAUACACACACAUAGACACAUACACACACAUAGACACAGAAACACACACAGAGACACACACAUAGACACACAAAGACACAGAGACACACACAUAGAGACACAGAGACACACACAUAGACACACAGAGACCACACACAUAAACACACAGAGACACACACAUAGACACACGGAGACACAUACAGAGACAAACACAAAUAUACAUACAGAGCCAGACACAGAGACACAGAGACACACACAUAGACACACAGAGACACAUACAGAGACACACAGAUACACAUACAGAGACAUACACAUAUAGACACACACAUAGACAGAUUAUAUACAUACAGAGACAGAAAAAGAUACAUACAUACACACAUAUACACAGAGAUACAUACAGAGACAGACACAAAUACAUACGUGCAAGACAUACUCACACGCACAGAUAUUCACACACUUGUACAUACACACGCAGACAUACACUGAUAAGAACGCGCAUACGGACACACACACGGACAACACCAAUCCACACACACAGACAGACAGUCACCCACACGCACGGUAGACGAGACCUAUUGCAUAAGCACCCACACACACACUACACACACACACCACACAGACCCAUUUCAUCAGAACCGCCGAGCGAUGUCAGGAGAAACUCCGCCUGCAGAGGAGACGGCGCGGAUGAUGGGGGGCGAUGAGGAGGAGGUGGGGAGCGAGCCCGUGGCGGAACGAGGAGGCCCCGCGCUGGAGGGAGAGGGCCCCCUCGUGAGGGCCGUGGUUCUGUCGGGCUUCGGGGGCCCCUCGAAGCUGGGGGUCUCGCGGCAGAGCGCCGCCUGCCCGGGCCCCGGCGAGCUGCGAAUUCUCGUCAAGGCGUGUGGCGUCGGCUUCCUGGACCUGCUCGUCCGCCAGGGUAACGUGGAUCCGCAACCGCGGACCCCGCUGGUGCCGGGAUACGAGUGCGCGGGCGUGGUGGACGCGCUCGGGGAGGGCGUAAGGGACUUCGAGGUGGGGCAUCGCGUCGCCGCCGUCGUCAACCUGGGCGCGUGGGCCGAGGCGACGGUGGCGCGCGCCGACCACGUGUUCCGUCUGCCGGACUCCAUGAGCUUCGUGGAGGGAGCCGCGCUCCCCAUCAGCUACCUGGCCGCCCACCUCAUGCUGUUCGACAUGGGGGGGCUGCGGGAGGGCAUGUCCGUGCUGGUUCACUCUGCGGGCGGCGGAGUGGGCCUGGCCGUGGCGCAGCUGUGCGCCUCGGUGCCGCGCGUCACUCUGCUGGGCACCGCGUCACUCGCCAAGCAUGACGUCAUCCGCGACUCCUUCACCCACGUGAUCGACCGCACCGGCGACUAUGUGCAGGAUGUGAAAAGAGUGUGCCCUGGCGGCGUGGAUAUCGUCCUGGACUGCCUGUGCGGAGAGAACACGGCCAAGGGGCUGGCGCUGCUCAAGCCCAUGGGCACCUACAUCCUCUACGGAUCAUCGAACGUGGUGACAGGAGAAACCAAAAGCUUCUUCAGCUUCGCCAAGUCGUGGUGGCAGGUGGAGAAGGUGAGCCCCGUGCGUCUGUACGAGGAGAACAAGCGCAUGGGCGGAUUCCAGCUGCUGCCGCUGCUCUUCAGCGCCGAGGGGCCCGCGCGCGCGCGCCGCGCCAUGGCCGAGAUCACGGCCCUCUACGACGCGGGGGCCCUGCGGCCUCGCGUCGACUCCGUGUGGGCGCUGGAGGAGGUGAAGGAGGCGAUGCAAAAACUUCUUGACCGCAGCAACAUCGGCCGCGUGGUUCUGGAUACGGAGAAGAGCCCCUCCCCCCAGGGGUGUUAACCCCCGACGGCUUGGAUGACGCGGUCCCGUGCCCAUGGACUCCCUCUGGAUCGGUGGCAGCAGCGAAGCGGGCCACGAAUUCCGUGCCUGGCGCGAGUGACGCCACAGCGCCGCAGGGAGAAUCAGCAGCAGCGAACACGCGGAGUGGCACGGCCGCUGGGAUCUUGGACUCCAGAGCCGGGUUUUCAGCCACCCCAACCACCCACCGCUGUUAAGCCGGGUUUUCAAGUGCAGUGAGAUCCGUAGACUCGCACGGACCCAACCAGACCCUAACCCUAACCACACUAGCCAACCAGACCCUAACCCUAGCCGCACCGGUCAAUCGCGCACUAACCCUGACCACGCUGGCCAGCCAAUUAGAGCCAAGCCCCACCGCUAUCCCUAACCCCAACCUCUGCCGGCCCUCCUUGUCACUGUCGAUUCGCUCUUCACUGUGAGAGCUUUCAUCGCUCGCUCACUCGCUCACGCGUGCUCACGCGUGCUCACGCGUGCUCAUGCGUGCCAGUCCGUGGCUCCGACUCCGUGCAGUCAGCAUCUCCCAAUA